UAACUAUUAACUAGACAGUAAUGACGGAUACAGUGGACUACAGUUACUACCGGGACACGCUAGAGGGGUUGGGGUGUCCUUACAUCAGUGCUCUAGACAACGAGUCUCUCAAAGAACUUCUUUUCAGAGCAGGAGAAGCCAGACUGAGGUUCUUUACGUGGCUGAUCAGUAAACUGUCUCCCCACAUCGACACGGAGCUGAACAGUCCUGUCCUCUCCGCCCAUGUCAAGGACUCAAAGAUUCAGAGGUUACUAAAAGUGUGCUCUGGUCUGGGACUCUGCGGACGAAACGACUACGAGAUAAUCCAGGGUAACUGCUCGGUAAAGCGCCAGAGCAGGUUCUACACACGGGCUCUGGAGAUGUUGAGUGUGUCAGGUGGUACACCACGUGACCCCAACCUCUCCCACGAUAAGAACAGUGUUAACUUGUGUAAUAACACCUCCCGGGAUUGUUUCUCUUUGGUGGAUGGUCUGGUCAACUCUAGCAACUUCAAGGACCUGUUUAGGACGGAUCUUGAUGUUUUUCCUGCUAGUUUGAUGUGUUUUAAUAAAACGGGAAAGAAAACUCAGCCUUCUGAGGAGAAACUCCUGGACCGCUCAGGAAAGCUGGCAGAAGAACUGGAAACAAUCCAAGAAAAGCUAUCAGCAAUCCAAAACGAACACCCAUCAUACGAGGAACUGGACAGCGAGAGAUUAGUAGGACACAAGAAAACCUUAACUAAUACUUUGGGAACGUUAAGUCAGAUAAUUGGGACGUUUAGCGGCUGUUACAAUGAGGAGUUUAAACACUGGGCUCAUAGGCCUGCUGUUGAUAUUAACGACAUCGGUCCCCUAUGUAAACAACUGGACGAACAGCUAAGCAAAGUAUUAAAGUUCCUGGAGAACGUCAAAGAGUUCAACUCGAGUGUGGACUAUAUCGAGAGUGUAGAUUUAAACCAAAAGUUAAUACCUGUUUUACCACAAACUGAUAUUCACGAGUUGUCUGAACGGUUACGGACCUUGAGAGAGCAGGUCGAAUUCACUGGGGUGGCGUGAACUUUACUGGCACCUGUCUCAUUACACAUUCCAAGUCUAUGAUACAUUUUCUGUUCUGUUCGAGAUGUAGGGUAUUGAAGUUGCAAAGAUGUAAUCUUAUGUUACGUUAUCUAACGGUCCAUCCUUUAUUUUAUCUGAUUAUUUGACCCACUUAGUUUUAGAAUGCGGAAAAUAAAAUGGUAUAUUAAUAUAACUCUCGAUAUACAUUGAUGUCUCAGGAUGGCCUUUUCUGUGUUAUUUGGUGGUUAUUUCUAAAUAGAUUAUAGAGUAGCCCAAUUAUUUAUAUUUGAAAUCAUGGUUUUAAUAUGCUAUGAUUAUGACAAGUUUUAUUACAUUUUACCCGAUUGUAAUUUUCAUUGUUAUUUUACAGUUUUUUGCCUGUUAG